GGACGGUCUUGGGCUUCAGCUUGAGGGAGCCGUUUACACACACCGUAGUAUUUAUUGUUAAAACGCGGCAACUGUGUGUGAUGUGAGGGGGCUUUAAUUAUCAUCUCGUGUAUACAAAUAACAAGACAGUUUUAUCAAGAACAAAUAAAUUGAACAAAGGACUUUUUAAUUGUGAUUAUCCGCUGGAAAUUAAUAAUCAUAGAUUAUUGAGUUUGAUUUUUGUUUUGGAGUUUACUCACCUUUGUUUUUUUGAGAAAAAUUUGAGUCGUCUGGACGGACUCGAGUGGUGCGUCGGAAAACGGAUUGUUAUCCAGAGUGAAGUAAUAUUUAUAAAUUUAUUUUUUUGCCAAUCAAUCAUCAAGGAUUAUUACCCGUGGGAGAUUUCACCGUUUUUUACACGUGCCUGAUAGACCACUGCCACUCUCAAAGAGAAGUGACGGACGUUAAAAAACAUCAAGCAUAAGAAAAUUGACCAGUGAUCAUUGGAAACGUGACAAGUGUUUUUUCUCAUUUGAAAGUUCUGUUACAUCGCACGUUUUUUAUUCAACACGGCGGGAAGAAACUGUUUGAGUUUUAACGAGCUCCGCAUAAUUGUGAUUAUUUCAUGAGAACAUCGAUGUUAUUGACAAGUGAUUGAGUACUGUGAACACUGGGGCUCUCUUGUUUAUGGACAUUAAUCAAAGUGUGGAUAUUAUAAUGAACUUUAAAACGAGUAGUUGAUGAAGAGAAGGAAAAUUGUGAAGGGUUCGAAUCAAGGCGAUGACACGUUACAGGACGAGACGGCGUCUGUAUUCAGUGAAAAUAGGGAAAAAACAGUGACAAUUAGUGUGAAGGAGAGAUAUUUGAAAUUUUUCUCCAGUCAAAAAUUGGAGUAAAAGUAAGGGAGGAUAAUGCCAUUCUGUACGCAUACAGUUGGUGAUAAUUUGGAGUGACUUGAAUAAUAUUAUCCGGCGUCGUGUCUCCGUACAAAGAUAAAAGUGAGGGCGAGGCGGUGGAGAACGACGACCGGAGGUGGAUUUUUUUUAAACCAUCCAAGAACAUCGAAGCCGUCAAAGUGGCUUCGUCACUGGGUCUCCAGGGGCCAUCAGCGCCAAUUGGUGCCCAAUUGUUGGCUUCUGGUGGUACUGAUGAUGCAGCUACCGCUACAACCGUUUACCACGCCAAUCUGGUAACCGGUAGUAAUACAUCGGUGACAGCGGCACUACAGCAGCCAAUACUUAAUUCAUUGAACUCAGCAGCGGCUCUUGCAACUAUGCAGGCCUCUGCAGAGACAAAUUCACUUGAUCUGCAAGCGAUGCAGUCCAUGGAUUGGUUGUUUAAGAAGGAAAGGAUCUAUCUACUGGCACAGUUCUGGCAACAGAGGGCAACACUAGCUGAGAAAGAGGUAACCACGCUGAAGGAGCAGCUUUCCGCGCUGACUGAUGGUAAUUCUAAGACUGAGGGACAACAGCAGACGUCCCAAAAUGUACAGAUCACAGAUACAAGUCAUGAUCAAAGUAAUCCAAGAAGAACACCCAACAGUAACUUGGAGCAGGAGCUUCAGGCCAAAGAUAAAGAGAUUAAUCAACUGGUCGAGGAGGUAUCGAGGUUACAGCAGAGUCUUCAGCGUCUCCAAGAAACCAGUGCACAGGCGACAGCGAGGCUCGAGGAGGAGCUUGAUAACAGAAGACAGCAUAUAGCGAGAUUGGAGAGCAAGUUGGAGAGACAAAGGGACUAUGAUGAGCUUAAGAGGGAAAUAAGUGUAUUGAGAUCGGUAGAUUUGUCGCAGAUACCCACUGGGGAGCCUGGAAAAAGUCUUGAGCAUUUGUUAAUGGAAAGGACGAAAGCUCUGCAACAGGCUGAGACGUUGAAACCACCCAGCACACCUGAUGCACUUGGUGGACUAGCCUCACCACUGCAGCGCGCUGCAACCGCCUCGCCCCAUGGCAGUGGCGGUGGUGUUGGCAGCGGGAGUACACCCGUUACCCUCGUGUCCACCCAACAGGUGCUCCCAACGCGCUCCACCCCAACACCCUCAUCGGCCACAUCAACGGCCGCCUCGGGUCUCCUAUUCCCGCCUCCUCUUCAAAAUGUCGAAACAUUUGGCUCAUUCCUUGGCGAAGAAAUUGUCGCCAAUUGGAGGCGAUCCCUGGAGAGGUCAAUAAUGAGCCAACAGCAGCAGCAACAGCAGCAACAACAACAACAACAACAACAACAACAGCAACAACAGCAACAAACAUCACAAUCGUCAAUCGCGCAAUCACAACAGACCCAAUUAUCCCAGCUGUCCCAGCAGCAUACUACCCAAUCACCGGUACAAACUGGGCUGCAGCACUCGUCGCUGUACCCAUCAACAACACCAAACCUAAAUCACCUUCCAUCACCAACAGAUCCAGCAUCGUCGUCCAAUAAUGGAACGAGUGGACCAGUGAAAUCGAGUACACCACUAGGUAGCCUGGAAAACAUCACGGAGAAAGCGCCAACGCCGAUUCCUGGUCACGAGACACCAGCACCACCGCGACCCUCAUCGACAGCUGCACUAACAUCACCACCAGCUAGUCUUCAGCCACCAGCCAGUUUGAUCGAAGCCGCUAUGAAUGGCGCAAGCAUGCCUGGACUUUUACCACCAAAGAGCCCGCACGAAGAGUCCUGUCACAACAACAAUAACAGCCAUCAUCUUGCCAAUAAUAACAACAACAGCAUCGGUAGUCUAAGUGUUUUAGACAGUCUCAAGAGUCCAUUUCGCUUCGACGACAGAACCCAUCCGUUUCGAUUUGGUGAUGAAUUUGGGGCUGCAGGAAUGGCUGGCAGACUCGGUGAAUCACUCAUACCUAAGGGCGAUCCCAUGGAGGCACGUCUACAGGAGAUGCUACGCUACAAUAUGGAUAAAUAUGCAUCACAGAAUCUUGAUACACUUCACAUAGCGAGACGUGUUAGGGAACUACUAUCUAUACAUAAUAUUGGACAGCGUCUAUUUGCUAAAUAUGUUCUUGGACUGAGUCAGGGAACUGUCAGUGAACUAUUGAGUAAACCGAAACCAUGGGACAAACUAACUGAGAAGGGACGCGACAGCUACAGAAAGAUGCAUGGAUGGGCCUGCGAUGAGAAUGCUGUAUUACUACUCAAAUCUCUCAUACCGAAGAAAGAGUAUGUUUCAGGCAAGGAGCAGGGUAUGCCAACGUUUGGCCGUCCACAGGAGGGCGGACCACCUGACAUAAACGACGAGAGAAUUGCUCACAUGCUCUCGGAAUCUGGACACCUGCAGAUGAGUCGUGCGAGUGAACACGACACCUCCAACGAUGCUGACAGUAAGAGUCCUAGUAGACUGGGAUGUCCGAGCCCAUUCGGAAAAGACAGGUACGACAGUCAGAACAGGAGGUUGAAGAAGUACGAGAACGAUGACAUUCCCCAGGAGAAGGUUGUGAGGAUUUAUCACGAGGAGCUUGCCAAAUUGAUGGGAAGAAGAGCCGAUGAUUUACGUGGACCAAGGGACUUUCCUCCAAGCGCGAUGUUUCCUCACUUUUUCAGUGGAGCCCAGGGUAUCCAGGGGAUGGAGCGCACCCAGGAGGAAAUCAGACUAGCUCUGGACGCCUACCACAGAGAGCUCCAGAAGUUGAAUUCAGCGUCAGGUGGAAAUCCUGCACUAGCGAGUCUCUCGGGACUGCCAAGUCUACCAAGUCUUCUUGCACUUCACCAGCAGGCCCUCCACCAAAAUCACCUGGCAGCCAAUGGUACUGGUGUUGGUGUGCAGGACCUCAGUCUGGGAAAAGUCGAUCCACGUAGUAAAAUGAUGAACGGUGUUUCCGAGGAGGAUAAAGAGAAAAUGGAAGAGGCAAUGAGACACGCUGGUAGUGCAUUCUCCCUCGUAAGACCAAAACAAGAGCCAACGGGUGCACAAUCGACCCCAGGUGGAUCUAGUGCAAGUUCACCACUUGGUAAUUCGAUAUUACCACCUGCUAUGACACCCAAUGAGGAAUUUUCCGGUGCUGCUGCAGCGAGUCCACUCCAGAGAAUGGCAUCAAUCACAAAUAGUUUGAUUAGCCAACCGUCCACACCAACCCAUCACUCAGCAAAUCAACGACCCCUCAAAGCUGUUCUACCACCAAUAACACAACAACAAUUCGAUCUUUAUAAUAAUCUCAACACUGAAGAUAUUGUAAAGAGGGUGAAGGAACAAUUGUCACAGUAUUCAAUCUCUCAGAGACUCUUUGGAGAGUCGGUUCUUGGGCUUUCACAGGGUUCAGUGUCCGAUCUCCUUGCACGGCCCAAGCCCUGGCACAUGCUCACGCAAAAGGGGCGAGAACCAUUCAUCAGGAUGAAGAUGUUCCUCGAGGAUGAACAGGCUGUGCACAAACUCGUUGCUAGCCAAUAUAAGAUUGCUCCCGAGAAGCUCAUGAGGACCGGCGGCUACGGCGGCCUGCCUCCCUGCGGGACACCGAUGAAGCCAAUGCCUCCAACAAAACUCGUCCAGGAGCAGCUUCAGAAUGCCGCAAAAGCCCAGGCCGCAGCGCAAGCAGCAGCUGUGGCAGCCGCGCAGCAUCAGGAGCACCAAAUGCAGUUAGGUCCACCUUCGGGUCCCCAGCAUGGCACUCAUCCCGUACCACCACCUCCAAUGAUGCUGACUCCACCGGGAACACACCACGGAGCGACUCACGCUGCACAACUGUCCAUCCAAGAGCUCCAGAAAAAGCAGCACCAACAGCAGCAAAUGGGCCUCCACUCGCCUCACCAAAUGACCCCCUCGCCCCUGCGUAGUCUCCACCCUCACAUCUCCCCGAGUGUCUAUGAGAUGGCGGCAUUGACGCAAGAUCUGGACACACAAACGAUCACGACGAAGAUCAAGGAGGCCUUGUUAGCAAAUAACAUUGGACAAAAGAUCUUCGGUGAAGCUGUUCUGGGGCUGUCCCAGGGUUCAGUGAGUGAACUUCUCAGUAAACCAAAGCCCUGGCACAUGCUCAGUAUCAAAGGCAGGGAACCCUUUAUCAGAAUGCAGUUAUGGCUGGCAGAUGCUCACAAUGUAGACAGACUCCAGGCGCUGAAGAACGAGAGGCGUGAGGCGAAUAAAAGACGUCGCAGCAGUGGUCCUGGUCAUGACAACAGUUCAGAUACCUCUAGCAAUGACACAGCUGACUUCUACCACGCCUCAGGUUCCCCCGGGCCCGGUCCUCCUUCUGCCAAAAAGCAAAGAGUUCUUUUCUCAGAGGAGCAGAAAGAAGCACUGAGACUUGCAUUUGCCCUAGACCCCUACCCCAAUGUAGCAACCAUCGAAUUCCUCGCUGGCGAGCUCGCGUUAUCCUCAAGGACAAUAACAAAUUGGUUCCACAAUCAUCGAAUGAGGCUCAAACAGCAAACACCUCAUGGUCAGCCAGAGCCACAAUCGCCGAGGGAACCUGGACAGCCGUUUGAUCCAGUACAAUUUAGAAUGCUCUUGAACCAAAGACUGCUUGAGAUACAAAAGGAGAGAUUGGGACUGGGGAAUGUGCCAAUUCCCUACUCGCCGUACUUCAAUCCGAAUCUCGCAACGUUGAUGAGUAAUGCUUUGAAGGAGCAGUGCUCAGGACUCGAUCUGUCCAUGGGUUCGUUGAAGAGAGAGCCCAAUCAGGAGUUUGAGGAUGACGACGGGGAUGAUGCUAUGAGUAAUCUUGGAAGUGAGGAUUCUGAUGGCUCAGCGUCGAGUAUAAAGCGUGAACCUAAUGAUCAUAGUCAAACUCAGCCAACUGCAGCUACCUCGGCGAGAUCCAACAGGAGAAAGCCAGCAGCACCCCAGUGGGUGAAUCCAGAGUGGCAGGAGCCAGCUAGAACCGGUGAUGAAGUUAUUAUCAAUGGUGUUUGUGUUAUGCAGACUGAUGAUUACGGUGUUAAGAGGGAGACUGAGGAGACGAUAAGAGUUGAACCAACACCGGUCCAGGAUAGAUACGAUGAUGAUGCGCAGAGUGAUGUAUCAUCGGUGUCUGGUAAUAAUGGACAGGAUCGCGAUAGUCCGAUACCAAGUCCAAAAUCAGCUCAAAAUAGUCCAAUUACCUCACCACGACCACCGUCACAACAAAAUGCCCAGGAUAAUGGAGAGAGUCCGAAGGAAAUUGUUAAGCACGAGCCUGAAGAAACGUGGGAUUAUUAAACAAGUAUUUUUUUUCUCCUUCUGGUUGACAUAUUAUUUUAUCAUUUUGUAUUCCUUAAAUCGUAAUUUUCCAUUCAAUGCAAAACUGCUGAACAGUCUUGUCAAACUGACGUGGUUCUGCUUAAAUGAAAUAAACAUAAAGUGAUCUUAAAGAGAAAAUUUAUCUAGGACAGAUGACAGUAUGGUGGAGAAUGUUAGUUAUUUAACGUAAUUUAUAGCUAAAAGUGUAGAUUUUUAGGUUUUUAGGGAGGCAAAGCCAAGCGAUAGGAUUCGAUGAUUUGAAUAAUAUAAAUAACGAAUCCUGCCUAUCAAAUUGGGCAUUAUAUCGAAGUUUAAUGAACAUGUGUGGUGAACGACUGAAUCACGAACAAACUGUAUAUCUUUUUUUUUUCUUUUUUGUUGGUGAAUCCGUUUCCAUUUUUACGAGGAAAUGAUAAUUGCGGUUUUAAUCAUGGAGAAUUUGAUGAUGUUUUAAUAACGGGAGCAAAAUCAAAAAUCUCUUCGUAGAACAAAAAUUGUUAAGAUAAAAUGAAAUUUCAAUGGAAAAACCACCAGUGAGCGUCGAACAAAAGAAAUGUAUACUAAACUCGUAUAUAUAUAUAUAUAUAUAUAUAUAUAUAUAUAUAUAUAUAUAUAUAUAUA